AGUAACACAAGAUCAAUGGAAGCCAGCCACAUUCAAUUCUAACAGCGGUGCUUUAGUCAGACGGUCCGGUAUGGCGUCUAGGCGGUAGGCUACUGGCGUCCCGGAGCCGCUUGCUAAACAAUUGUUUAGUUUCUUGGAUUAAUAAUAUUUGAAACAGUUGAAUGGUUUACCAUUGUCUGGAAAUAUACACGUGGACAAUCUCCGUAUUCAAAAGAAAGGGUGAGGACUCUCGCGCCUCUCCACAAGGUGUUGGUGCCACACUACCAGAGGUGAACAGAGGCUAGCAGAGUCAACCAUGGUGGAGCCAGUGGACAGACCGUCUGCCGGCCAGAGGCUGGGGGCUCCUGACAGCUUCGGGAUCAGCACCCUGGAGCCAGGCCAGCGCCCCCCUGACAUGCCCCCCGGACGACAGGUCUCCAUCAGGGUCCAGAUGCUAGAUGACACUCAGGAGGUCUUUGAAGUAUCGCAACGCUCCCUAGGCAAGGCGCUGUUUGACCUGGUGUGUGCCCACCUCAACUUGGUGGAGGGAGACUACUUUGGUUUGGAGUACCAGGACCAUCGCAAGAUGACGGUUUGGUUGGACCUGUUGAAGCCAACCCUAAAGCAGAUUAGACGGCCCAAGAACACCAUCCUUCGGUUUGUGGUGAAGUUCUUCCCUCCCGACCACACACAGCUCUUGGAGGAACUGACCAGGUACCUGUUUGCCCUGCAGAUAAAGCAUGACCUGGCCAGCGGGCGCCUGACCUGCAACGACAGCACCGCGGCCCUGCUCGUCUCCCACAUCGUCCAGUCUGAAAUGGGGGACUUUGACGAGGUCCAGAGUUGGCAGCACCUCCUUCACAACAAGUACAUUCCUGACCAGGAUGCUCUCCGGGAUAAGAUCACAGAGAACCACCGCAAGCAUGUGGGCCAGACACCAGCGGAGUCAGACUACCAUCUGCUGGAGAUAGCCCGCCGCCUGGAGAUGUACGGGGUGCGUCUGCACCCUGCCAAGGACCGCGAGGGCACCAAGCUCAGCCUGGCCGUGGCACACACCGGCGUGCUGGUGUUGCAGGGCCACACAAAGAUAAACGCCUUCAACUGGUCCAAAAUACGCAAGCUGAGCUUCAAGAGAAAGAGGUUCCUCAUCAAAUUGAGACCAGACCUGAAUCAAAGUACGCAUCACGACACGUUGGAGUUUGUCAUGGCCAGCCGGGACUGCUGUAAGAUCUUCUGGAAGAUCUGUGUGGAGUACCAUGCCUUCUUCAGGCUCUUUGAGGAACCCAAACCCAAGCCCAAACCUGUGCUGUUCACCAGGGGGUCCUCUUUCCGGUUUAGCGGUCGAACACAGAAGCAGGUUAUUGAUUAUGUCAAGGACUCUGAGUUCAAGAAGGUCCCGUUUGAGAGGAAACACAGUAAGAUCCAGUCCAGCUUCUAUCCCCAACCCUCCCUUCCUCGCUCCCAAGUGCCAAAAGAGAGUGCUAUGUCAGUAGACCAGACAGACUCUAGACUGGGCCGCAGAGGAGAGUCCACCCAGGGUGGUCAGGAGGAGCCUGGGUCUGCAGCCAGCCCGGCGGCCGGCCGGCCCAACGGCUUCCAGGACGGGCCAGGCCCAGCACCGGAGGAGGGCCGCGGCCAGAGGUCCAACCCAGCCAGGCCGCAGCACGCAGAGCAUCUGAACACAGGUGUGUUGUCGGGCAGUCCCAUUCUCCCGGACUCGCCGGCGGCCGGCGGCCCAGUGCUUGUGAACGGCAGCGGGCAGAGUGCCUCCCUGGGCCUGGGGCAGAGCCCCGAGGACCAGCAGCCCUCGCCCCUCACCAGCCCCCUGCUCACCGACACCGGCUACGUCCGCACGGAUGACGAGGACGAGGCCCGCCGAAAGAAGUUCCCCACUGACAAAGCCUAUUUCAUCGCCAAAGAGUUGCUUACAACAGAGAGGACCUUCCUGAAGGACCUGGAGGUUAUCACUGUGUCCUUCCCUAGCUUGGUGGGUAAAGAUGAGGCCUUGCCAGAGUCUCUCAGAAGCCUGGUGUCUGCCAGCUAUAACCCUGUCCACUCCUUCCACCUGGCCUUCCUCAAGGAGGUGGAGCAGAGGCUGGCACUGUGGGAGGGGCGUUCCAACGCCCACAUCAAAGGAGACUACCAGCGAAUAGGAGACUUGAUGCUGAAAAACAUCCAGGGAUUGAAGCAGCUGACGGUGCACCUCCAGAGGCACCCCGAGGUGCUGCUGGAGGUGGAGCGCUCCUGCCGCACCUCCAGGAAGCUGGAGGGGCUGUGCCGGGACUUUGAGCAGCAGAAGGUGUGCUACCUGCCCCUCAACAUCUUCCUGCUGCGCCCCCUGCAUCGUCUGCUGCACUACAAACUCAUCCUGGAGCGCCUCUGCAAACACUACCCCCCCACGCACGAGGACUUCAGGGACUCCAGAGCUGCGCUGGCAGAUGUGUCCGAGAUGGUUGUCCAGCUUCACGGCACCAUGAUCAAGAUGGAGAAUUUCCAGAAGCUUCUGGAGCUGAAGAAGGAUCUGACCGGCAUCGACAACCUGGCAGUCCCUGGCAGGGAGUUCAUUCGGCUGGGCUGCCUCAGCAAGCUCUCAGGAAAAGGCCUGCAGCAAAGAAUGUUCUUCCUGUUCAGCGACUGUCUGGUGUACACCAGCCGAGGGAUGACGCCAGCCAACCAGUUCAAAGUGCACGGCCAGCUGCCCCUGUAUGACAUGACGAUCAGAGAGAGCGAGGCUGAGUGGGGCGUCCCUCACUCCUUCACCCUCUUCGGCCAGCGACAGUCCCUGGUAGUAGCGGCCAGCUCGUCGUCGGAGAUGGAGAAGUGGGUGGAGGACAUCAGGAUGGCCAUCGACCUGGCGGAGCAGAGCAGCGGGCCCUCCACAGACCUCCUGUCCAGCAGCCUGACUGACAGCAAAUCCCCAGAGGAGGGCGGCUUGGAGCAAGAGUCGGAGGAGGAGCUGUGCGCCUCCAGGACAUCUCUGGAGAGACAGGCUCCUCACCGUGGCAACACCACCGUGCACGUGUGCUGGCACAGGAACACCAGUGUGUCCAUGGUGGACUUUAGUGUGGCCGUGGAGAACCAUCUGUCAGGAAACCUGUUGAGGAAGUUUAAGAAUAGCAAUGGCUGGCAGAAGCUGUGGGUGGUGUUCACCAACUUCAGCCUGUUUUUCUACAAGUCACACCAGGAUGACUACCCGCUGGCCAGCCUCCCCCUACUGGGCUACUCUGUCACUGUGCCCUCAGAGUCAGAGAACAUCCACAAGGACUACGUCUUCAAGCUCCACUUCAAGUCCCACGUGUACUACUUCAGAUCAGAGAGCGAGUACACCUUUGAGAGGUGGAUGGAGGUGAUCCGCAGUGCUACCUGUUCAUCCAGCCGUGCUGUCCCACACAGCAGAAAGGACCCUCACCCCUACUGAGCUGCAGUCCCCUCCACACGACUCCCUUCACCCCCCCCCCCCCCUUCCAAGGUCUGCGGCCCCAGCUCACACGAUUUCCCGAUGACUUCAUCGUUUCACCCCUAGUGUCUGAAUAGACAAAAGCUUUGCAGUGGCGGUCAGACAGUCAUUCAUUCAUUACUAUCAGUAAGCAGCAAAGUUCAACUGCACAUGCUGGAAACGUUUGUUUUAAACUUUUUGUUCUUUGCUUAUGAGGGAGUUACAGUUUAUCGAUAAAGUAUGUUUGUCUGUAUAUAACCUAUGCUUUGUAAUGAAUGUGUCCUUUCUAUCCGUAAAAAUACAUCAGACUGCUUUAAAGCAAUUAUGACUUUCUUUUGUAUGACAUAAUUUUGUACAAUUUUCAACAGACUGUGAAACAAUCAAUACUCUGUUUGAUAUGUUAGAUUUGUUUAUGUUUCAUUUAUAUUUUGUAGGUCAGUGUUUAAAAUAAAAAAUCUAACACUAACACUUUAUUUUAAAGGGACAUUGUUGGCUUUGAGGUUCAACUAUUUGAGUGCCAAACAUAUUACUUUUAAUUUUUUCUGAGUAAAAGUAUGUUAACUUA